CAGACAAAGGUCGAACCCCAAGAAUGCAAAAUCUCUUAUUCGAAAAUUCUCAGCGUCUUUGUUGCAAACUCCUCUGAAUUUGAAGUUUCGCCGGAAUUUUCCUCUGUCUAUGUAUGAUCAAAGUGCUUCUUCCCGAUUCUGUUCUCGUUUCAGAGAUCUGAGUGUCUGAUUUCAUCUACUACACGGGAAAAUCUAGAGUGCUAGAAAAGAUGAAGCGGAUAAGAGAUGAUGUCUAUGCCUCUGGGUCUCUGGCUUCUUCUCGAGCCCAAUUAUAUGGACAAUCUCCGGUCCCCGGCAGUGGUGACACCGAAGGAGGAGGGAGAAUGGCUGGUGGGGAAAUUACUUGUCAGAAAUUGACAACCAAUGAUGCCUUGUCGUACCUGAGGGAAGUAAAAGAGAUGUUUCAAGAUCAACGGGACAAAUAUGACAGGUUCCUCGAGGUUAUGAAAGAUUUUAAGGCUCAAAGAACCGACACAGGUGGUGUCAUUGCAAGAGUUAAGGAAUUGUUUAAGGGACAUAAUAAUUUGAUAUAUGGAUUCAACACCUUUUUGCCUAAGGGUUAUGAAAUAACGCUUAUUGAGGAGGAAGACCAUGCUCUGCCAAAGAAGACUGUUGAAUUCGAAGAAGCCAUCAAUUUUGUCAAUAAAAUUAAGAAGCGAUUCAAGCACGAUGAACAUGUCUAUAAAUCUUUCUUGGAAAUCUUGAAUAUGUACCGCAAGGAGAACAAGGAAAUUAGUGAGGUGUACAACGAGGUAUCUAUUCUUUUUGAAGGCCACUUGGAUUUGCUUGAAGAGUUUACUAGGUUUCUGCCAGCGUCUUUGCCCUCUCAUUCAGCAGCGCAGCAUAGCCGGAGUCAGGCUCAACGGUACAACGACCGAGGCUCAGGCCCUCCUCUAAUUCAUCAAAUGCAAGUGGAAAAGGAACGCCGACGAGAAAGGGCUGUUGCUUCCCGCGGGGAUUAUAAUGUUGAACGUCAUGACCUUAAUGAUGAUAAAACGAUGGUGAAGAUGCAAAGAGAGCAGCGGAAGCGUCUUGAUAAGGAAAAUAGGGCAAGGAGGGGCCGUGAUUUAGACGAUAGAGAAGCAGAGCAAGAUAACCUACACCAUUUUCCAGAAAAAAGGAAGUCGUCCAGAAGAGCUGAAGGUCUUGAAGCAUAUGCUGGUUCUGCUUCCCAUUCUGAGAAAGACAAUUUGAAAAGUAUGUACAACAAAGCAUUCGUUUUCUGUGAGAAAGUCAAGGAGCGACUAUGCAGCCAAGAUGAUUAUCAGACAUUCUUGAAGUGCCUCAAUAUUUUUAGCAAUGGAAUAAUCCAAAGGAAUGAUCUGCAAAAUUUGGUUUCUGAUCUUCUUGGGAAAUUUCCUGAUCUAAUGGAUGAGUUCAACCAGUUCUUCGAGCGCUGUGAGAGUAUUGAUGGAUUUCAGCACCUUGCUGGUGUUAUGAGCAAAAAAUCAUUUAGCAGUGAACUGUUAUCCAGACCAGUGAAGGUGGAAGAGAAAGAAAGUGAACAUAAGCCUGACCUGGAGGCUGUUAAGGAAACCGAGCAAUACAAGGAGGAGUACAUGGGAAAAUCUAUUCAAGAGCUUGAUCUCUCUGAUUGCGAGUGUUGCACUCCUAGCUACCGGCUUCUCCCUGCGGAUUAUCCGAUACCAACUGCGAGUCAGAGAUCAGAGCUAGGAGCUGAGGUUUUAAAUGAUCAUUGGGUGUCUGUCACUUCCGGAAGUGAAGAUUAUUCUUUUAAGCACAUGCGCAGAAACCAAUAUGAAGAGAGCUUGUUCAGAUGCGAAGAUGAUAGAUUUGAGUUGGACAUGUUGCUGGAAUCUGUGAGCUCUGCGGCCAGAAGUGCAGAAAGUUUGUUGAACAUCAUCACAGAGAAGAAAAUAAGUUUUUCUGGCUCCUUCAGAAUCGAAGACCAUUUUACGGCCCUAAAUUUAAGGUGUAUUGAGCGACUUUAUGGCGACCAUGGUCUUGACGUGAUCGACAUAUUACAUAAGAAUUUAGCCACUGCACUUCCUGUAAUCCUAACUCGUUUAAAGCAGAAACAAGAUGAAUGGAAGAAAUGCCGUGAAGAAUUUGAUAAGGUCUGGGCGAAUGUAUAUGCGAAAAACCAUUACAAGUCACUUGAUCACCGCAGCUUCUACUUCAAACAACAAGAUUCAAAGAACUUGAAUGCAAAAUCAUUGGUGGCUGAAAUUAAGGAGCUGAAAGAGAAGUCUCAGAAUGAGGAUGAUGUUCUGUUGUCUAUUUCUGCUGGUUACAGACAACCCAUAAAUCCUAAUCUUGAAUAUGAGUAUUUCAACAGAGCUAUUCAUGAAGACCUGUACAAACUAGUCCAGUUUUCAUGUGAGGAGUUAUGUUCUACAAAGGAACAGCUCAGUAAAGUUCUGAGGCUUUGGGUAAAUUUCCUGGAGGCAGUGCUGGGUGUUCCUCCCAGGGACGAGGGCGCAGAUCUUGUUGAAGAUGUUGUAAUAAAACCCAAGACUCUCGAUGUGAAUCACAGUACAUCUACUAACGGGGAGUCUGCUGUGAGUUCUGGAGCAGACACAGCAAGGUUGGCUUCUAGGAAACUAAAAUCUGCUGCCAAUGGAGAUGAGAAUGCUUCAUCUGGGCCAAUUAAACACGGUGGCAUAGGUUUGGUAAAUAAGGAUUCGACAGGAAAAGAAAAUCUUAAAGAUACUGAUACAGCCAUCAGAGAUGGUGACACCUGUUCUGCUGUGAAACCCCAGAAAGAACAAGAGACUGGAAAUGAAGCCGAUAAAAGAGUUGUAAAGCCUAUCCCGAUGGAUAUUUGUGAAAGAGCAGUCACCUCGAGUUUAUCAAUCCCAAGUGGGGGAGAAAACAGUCAUUGUGUAGUAGGAAAGGAAGAUUUGGCAGGUUCACAUGAGAUUCAAGCCAAACCAAGCAACACCUUCACUGAUAUUCAUCAUGAUGUAGAUAGCAUUGAAACGGUUCAUUCGACUCAGGGAGGUGAUGUUGGCACGUCGAUAGUUUUGGCAAAUGGAUUAAGGUCUGAUUCUUCUAAAGGUACUAGGAAUUCUGAUGAACCCGAAGGUUCCUCCAGGAUUGAGAAGGAGGAAGGUGAACUCUCACCUAAUGGUGAUUUCGAAGACAACUUUGGUGUGUACGAAGAUCUUGGGGUGAAGUCCACAUCCAAACCAGAGAAUUCAGCAGAUGCUGAAGUAGAGGCAGAUGCUGAGAUGGAGAAUGCGGAUGAUACUGACGAUGAUGAUGGUGAAAAUGCUUCCGAGGGUGGUGAGGAUGCAUCUGGAACUGAAUCUGGUGGCGAGGAAUGUUCACAGGACGAAAACAGAGAGGAGGAGAAUGGUGAGCAUGAUGAGAUUGAUGGUAAAGCUGAGAGUGAAGGGGAAGCGGAGGGAAUGGAUUCACAUUUCUUAGAAGGAGACAGCGAGUUGCUUCCUCAGUCAGAACAUGUUCUCUUAUCCGUCAGACCCCUUUCAAAGCAUGUAGCAGCAGUUUUACAUGAUGAGAGGUCAAAAGAUCUCCGAGUUUUCUAUGGGAAUGACGAUUUUUAUGUUCUUUUUAGGCUUCACCAAAUCCUGUAUGAGAGAAUUUUGUCUGCAAAAAGGAAUUGCUCAGGCGGUGAACUGAAAUCGAAAAACUCAAAGGAUACCAAUUCCUUAGAUCCUUAUGCGAGGUUUAUGAGAGUUUUGUAUCGAUUGCUUGAUGGAUCAGCUGAAAAUACCAAGUUUGAGGAUGAGUGCAGAGCUAUAAUUGGGAAUCAAUCAUAUGUGUUAUUCACGUUGGACAAACUGAUAUACAAAUUGGUUAAGCAGCUUCAAGCUAUUGUAGCUGAUGAAAUGGACAACAAGCUACUUCAGCUGUAUGAAUAUGAGAAAUCCCGGAAAUCCGGAAGGGUUAUCGACUCGGUGUAUUAUGAAAAUGCUAGGGUCCUCCUUCACGAGGAAAAUGUUUACCGGUUGGAAUGUUCAUCCUCGCCAUCACGUGUAUCUAUCCAGCUUAUGGAUAACAUAAUAGAGAAGCCAGAAGCGUAUGCAGUUUCUAUGGAUCCCACAUUUGCAAGUUAUUUGCAAAAGGAGUUUCUUUCCACCUCGUCAGGAAAGAAAGAGCAGGGACCUGCCAUUGUAUUACAAAGGAACCUGCGUCCAUACACCGGGUUGUAUGAUCUUGCAGCACUCUGUAAAGCUAUGGAAGGUGUCGAAGUAGUAAAUGGCUUGGAAUGCAAGAUGUCUUGCUCUUCUUUCAAGAUCUCGUACGUAUUGGACACAGAGGAUUACUUCCACAGGAAGAAGAAGAAAAAGAAGACUGAACAGUUACCGCAAUGUAACAAAGAUAGAGUAGAAAGGUUCCAUAGGUUUCUCUCAGCUUAAAGAUGACCACAACAAAGUUUCCUCUUGGGGUUUUCUUCUUACUUUUAAACCAACAACACUCAACACACAAGAAAAAGGUAAAACUGACAAAGUUGCACAAGUAAAGUUCUCUGCAACAAGUCCCAACUUUGGUUUUCAGAUUUCUUACUAUGCUGAUUAUAAGAUGAGAUAUAGAGAGAUGCACAAAGUGGAGAACAAAACCAUAAGAAGAACAAUGGUGGUUUAGUGUUUCUAUGUGUAUCUUGUAUUGGUUUUAGGUUUCAAGUGUCAAGUCUGUUAGUGUUAAAUGUAGUGUGUAUGUGUGUGCACUCUUGAGGAGAUUGUUGUUGUAAAUAUAUAUAGGACCAAAGGAAAAAUUAUUCUUCAUCUACUUCAAAUUUCAAGAUUAUGAAAUCAACUAAAAAAUUUCAACAA